AUCCCUUACUCUUUCUUUCUCUCACUCUAUAAUAAAACCCCACUCUUUCUCUCUCUAAAAUCUCUCUGAAAUCUUUAACUCUUUAACAUUUUUUUCUUUAUUUAUGAUCCUCUUAAUCGAUUAAUGGAUUAUGGAUCUGCUCUGUUUAUCGCUUCCGAGAUCCUUUAAACUCUAAAUUUAAUGGUAUCUUUCCUCUUGUUUCUGAUUGAAUCUGUUUUUCUGGGAAUAUUUUCCAAGAGGGAGAAAGUAGAGCAAAACGUUUGAAAUGAAGGUGCCGUGCUGUUCUGUUUGCCAGACCAGGUAUAACGAGGAGGAAAGAGUUCCUUUACUGCUUCAAUGCGGCCAUGGCUUUUGCAAAGACUGCCUUUCCAGGAUGUUCUCGGCAUCGCUUGAUACCACUUUGGUUUGUCCCAGGUGUCGCCAUGUCUCCGUCGUAGGUAACUCCGUCAAUGCACUCCGUAAGAACUAUGCUGUUCUUGCCCUUCUCCACUCUCCUGCGGCUGUGUCGGCGCCUAACUUUGACUGCGAUUACACGGACGAUGAGGAGGAUGAGGAUAACGUGGAGGAAGAAGAAGAGAGGUGUAGCCGCGGGUCCCACGCCUCAAGUUCUGGAGGUUGCGGGCCGGUGAUCGAGGUAGGGGUCCACCCGGAGGUCAAGCUGGUUAGGAAGAUAGGGGAGGGAAGGAGAGCGGGAGUGGAGACUUGGGCUGCUGUAAUUGGAGGUGGGAUCCAUGGGAAGUGCAAGCAUCGCGUGGCAAUAAAGAGGGUGGAGGUGGGAGAGGAUAUGGAGGUGGAGUGGGUGCAAGGGCAGCUGGAGAACUUGCGGCGUGCUUCCAUGUGGUGUAGAAAUGUUUGUACUUUCCAUGGGAUGGUUAAGAUGGAUGGAUGUUUAGGACUUGUUAUGGAUAGAUUUUGUGGUUCUGUGCAAUCCGAGAUGCAGCGAAAUGAAGGCAGGCUUACUCUCGAGCAAAUUCUAAGAUAUGGGGCUGACAUAGCACGAGGGGUGGCUGAACUCCAUGCAGCUGGUGUUGUCUGUAUGAACAUAAAACCAUCCAAUCUUCUUUUGGAUCCAAGUGGGCGAGCUGUAGUUUCUGAUUAUGGACUUGCUGCAAUUUUGAAGAAACCUGCAUGCCGAAAAGCUCGAUCAGAGUGUGAAUCUGCGAAAAUCCAUUCUUGCAUGGACUGUACAAUGCUCAGCCCACACUACACGGCUCCAGAGGCAUGGGAGCCAGUGAAGAAAUCAUUGAAUUUAUUCUGGGAUGAUGCAAUUGGUAUUUCUGCAGAGUCAGAUGCCUGGAGUUUCGGUUGUACAUUGGUGGAGAUGUGCACUGGUUCCAUCCCGUGGGCUGGUUUAAGUGCAGGGGAAAUUUAUCGAGCUGUUGUCAAAGCUCGAAAAUUGCCUCCACAAUAUGCUAGUGUAGUGGGUGUUGGAAUGCCUAGAGAAUUGUGGAAGAUGAUUGGGGAGUGCCUGCAGUUCAAGGCAUCUAAAAGACCUAGUUUUAAUGCAAUGUUAGCAAUAUUCCUCCGACAUUUGCAAGAGUUGCCACGUAGCCCUCCUGCCAGCCCUGAUAACAGUAGCUUUGCAAAAUAUGCUGGAUCAAAUGUGACAGAACCAUCGCCAGCAUCUGAUUUGGAGGUUUUACAAGACAAUCCUAGCCAUUUACAUCGGCUAGUAUCUGAAGGGGAUGUCAGAGGUGUUAGAGAUCUGCUUGCAAAGGCUGCAUCUGGAAAUGGUGGUGGCUCAUUAUCUAUAUUGUUAGAAGCACAGAAUGCUGAUGGGCAAACAGCACUUCACUUGGCCUGUAGACGUGGUAGUUCAGAACUUGUUGGGGCUAUAUUGGAACACAGGCAGGCAAAUGUGGAUGUUUUGGAUAAAGAUGGCGAUCCUCCACUUGUUUUUGCUUUAGCCGCUGGAUCACCAGAAUGUGUACGUGCACUUAUUGAAAGAGGGGCUAAUGUUGGAUCUAGGUUAAGAGAUGGUUUUGGUCCAUCUGUUGCUCAUGUUUGUGCCUAUCAUGGACAACCUGAUUGUAUGCGUGAGCUACUACUGGCUGGAGCUGAUCCUAAUGCAGUGGAUGAUGAAGGUGAAACUGUCCUGCACAGAGCUGUCGCCAAGAAAUACACAGAUUGUGCUCUUGUUAUAUUGGAGAAUGGAGGAUGUAGAUCAAUGGCUGUUCGGAAUUCAAAAAAUUUGACACCAUUGCACUUGUGUGUGGCAACAUGGAAUGUGGCUGUUGUGAAAAGGUGGAUGGAAGUUGCUUCCCUGGAAGAAAUUGCUGGUACAAUUGACAUACCAAGUCCAGUUGGAACUGCAUUGUGUAUGGCAGCUGCUGUAAAGAAAGAUCAUGAAAAUGAGGGAAGAGAACUGGUGCGUAUAUUGCUUGCUGCUGGAGCAGAUCCAACGGCCCAAGAUGCACAGCAUGGGCGAACAGCCUUGCAUACUGCUGCUAUGGCUAAUGAUGUUGAGUUGGUCAAUAUUAUUCUUAAAGCUGGAGUGGAUGUGAACAUUCGAAACAUGCAUAAUACGAUACCUCUUCAUGUAGCCUUAGCCAGAGGGGCAAAGUCAUGUGUUGGAUUGCUUUUAUCAGCUGGGGCGAGUUGUAAUCUGCAGGAUGAUGAAGGUGAUAAUGCUUUCCACAUAGCAGCUGAUGCAGCAAAAAUGAUACGUGAAAAUCUUGAAUGGCUCAUCAUUAUGCUUAAAAAUCCUGGUGCUGCUGUCGAGGUUAGAAACCACAGUGGUAAGACACUGCGUGACUUUUUGGAGGCCCUUCCCCGGGAAUGGAUUUCAGAAGAUUUGCUGGAGGCACUUAUGAAUAGAGGCGUUCAUCUUUCUCCUACAAUUUUUGAAGUGGGGGAUUGGGUGAAGUUCAAAAGAAGUGUUACAACUCCUACUUAUGGUUGGCAAGGUGCUAAACAUAAGAGUAUAGGCUUUGUGCAAAGUGUUGUGGACAAGGACAAUCUCAUAGUAUCAUUCUGUACUGGAGAGGCUCGUGUGUUAGCCAGUGAAGUUGUGAAGGUGAUUCCCUUAGACAGGGGACAGCAUGUUAAGCUUAAACCAGAUGUCAAAGAGCCGAGGUUUGGCUGGCGUGGUCAAUCACGUGACAGCAUUGGAACUGUUUUAUGUGUUGAUGAUGAUGGGAUUCUACGUGUUGGGUUUCCUGGAGCAUCCAGAGGAUGGAAAGCUGAUCCAGCAGAAAUGGAAAGAGUUGAAGAAUUCAAGGUAGGUGACUGGGUUCGAAUCCGUCCUGCACUCACAACAGCCAAGCAUGGUCUAGGAUUGGUAACACCAGGAAGCAUUGGUAUUGUGUAUUGUAUCAGACCAGAUAGUAGUCUGUUGUUAGAGCUAAGUUAUCUUCCAAAUCCCUGGCAUUGCGAACCAGAGGAGGUUGAGCCUGUUGCCCCUUUCAGGAUUGGUGAUCGGGUGUGUGUGAAGCGAUCUGUUGCAGAACCUAGAUAUGCUUGGGGUGGUGAGACCCAUCACAGUGUUGGAAGGAUUAGUGAGAUUGAGAAUGAUGGUCUCCUCAUAAUAGAAAUUCCAAAUCGACCUAUCCCGUGGCAGGCUGACCCAUCUGACAUGGAAAAGGUCGAGGAUUUCAAGGUUGGGGAUUGGGUGAGAGUGAAGGCUUCAGUAUCCUCUCCAAAAUAUGGAUGGGAGGACAUUACACGGAACAGCAUUGGAAUAAUUCACAGCUUGGAGGAGGACGGUGAUAUGGGAGUUGCCUUUUGUUUCAGGAGCAAGCCUUUUUGUUGCUCUGUGACAGAUGUGGAGAAGGUGCCUCCUUUUGAAGUGGGACAAGAGAUACAUGUCAUGCCUUCUGUAACUCAGCCACGACUUGGAUGGUCAAAUGAAAGCCCUGCAACUGUUGGAAAGAUUGUUAGAAUCGACAUGGAUGGAGCUUUGAAUGCAAGGGUUGCUGGCAGACACAGCUUGUGGAAAGUUUCUCCUGGAGAUGCCGAACGACUUUCAGGAUUUGAAGUUGGUGACUGGGUGCGUUCAAAACCAAGCCUGGGGACUAGACCAAGCUAUGAUUGGAAUAGUAUUGGGAAGGAAAGUUUAGCUGUUGUACAUAGUGUGCAAGAGACAGGUUACCUAGAGCUGGCUUGUUGUUUCCGUAAAGGAAGGUGGAUUACUCAUUACACAGAUGUUGAAAAGGUUCCAUGCUUCAAAAUUGGGCAGCAUGUUCGGUUUCGAUCUGGAUUAGUUGAGCCAAGAUGGGGCUGGAGGGAUGCUCAGCCUGAUUCAAGAGGCAUAAUAACCAGUGUUCAUGCUGAUGGAGAAGUAAGAGUUGCUUUCUUUGGUUUGCCAGGAUUGUGGAGAGGAGAUCCUGCAGAUCUUGAGAUCGAACAGAUGUUUGAAGUGGGAGAAUGGGUGAGGCUGAAGGAAGAUGCUGGUAACUGGAAGUCUGUUGGGCCAGGAUGCAUUGGUGUUGUACAGGGCAUGGGGUACGAUAGAGAUGAAUGGGAUGGAAGCACUUAUGUGGGCUUUUGUGGGGAGCAAGAAAGAUGGGUGGGGUCUACUUCCCAUCUGGAAAAAGUGAUGAGGCUCAUGAUUGGACAGAAGGUUAGGGUUAAACUCUCUGUUAAACAGCCAAGAUUUGGGUGGUCGGGCCACAGUCAUGCAAGUGUUGGAACAAUUGCGGCUAUCGAUGCUGAUGGAAAACUAAGAAUAUAUACUCCAGUAGGGUCCAAAACUUGGAUGCUUGAUCCAUCAGAAGUGGAGCUGGUGGAGGAAGAGGAACUCCACAUUGGAGACUGGGUGAAGGUAAGAGCAUCAGUAUCAACACCCACGCACCAGUGGGGAGAAGUGAAUCAUUCAAGCAUUGGGGUGGUGCAUCGGAUGGAAGAUGGGGAAUUAUGGGUAGCAUUCUGUUUCACGGAGAGGCUGUGGCUUUGCAAGGCGUGGGAAAUGGAACGGAUUAGGCCUUUCAAAGUAGGGGACAAGGUGAGGAUAAGAGAAGGACUUGUAACACCUCGGUGGGGGUGGGGGAUGGAGACUCAUGCAAGCAAAGGCAGGGUAGUCGGAGUUGAUGCAAAUGGGAAGCUAAGGAUUAAGUUUCAGUGGAGAGAAGGGAGGCCAUGGAUUGGAGAUCCGGCUGAUAUUGUUCUUGAUGAGAGUUAAGAGGCGCCGAACGAUAUAUCCUUGUGUUCUGCUUUUCUUUAGUUCGCACCUCGAGCUGUAGGAACUCGCCUCCUGCCACAGUUGGAAAGGCAACAUGCUUCCUCUUCUGUAGACGAUCCAUAUGCUUGCAAGUCAAGAUUUGACUGCAGGUGGGAUUCCUUAACAAAGAGAAAUUUGUUUAUUGUUAAUAAACAGAAGACAUACAGAGAAAUCGGAUACUGGGACCAUGCGGAAAAUUGGCUUGCCUUGCUGUUAAUUUAUAGGAGAUGACAGAACAGACGAGAAAAGGAUAGCUGUAGCCAUUUGUAUUUCAUAGACAUUGGUAGCUGAUAAGCUUCGUUUUUUGAGGUAUAUAUGUCAUUUAUAUGUAAUUUUGUACAAAUCGAACCCAUUAUAAAUCUUUGCGAGUUGUUGUCCUUUUCAGUA